AGAAGCAUAAUGGGCGAAAGAAGAGGCCAGGCAAUUAGGUGUGAGAGUGAGUGAGAGUAAAAGCUUGUGGAUAUAGAAAGAGCAACGAAGACAUGGCAAAGUUAGUGAUGGUGCAGCAUCACCAUCAGAAACACCCAUCUUUUUCUCUCCUUUCUUCUUCUCUGCCUGACUUCAAUGGCAUCAAACUCUACAAUCAACUCCAGGGAGAAUUGAUGUGUCUCUUAUCACUUAUCACCAAUAUAUGGAUGCAGUAUAAGAAAAAAUUAUGGCAGCAAAAAGGAGCACUGCCUAUUAUAACUUCAAGUGCAAAGAAGAUUUUGAUGGGCGGCAAUGAAUUUGUUGACAAUCUGUCGUCAAAACUCCAAGCAAAAGAGGGUCAUCAGACUAGAGCUUUUGCAGUAACUCGGAGGAAUGCAAUGGCCUUGCUUUUAUCUGGUUACUUCUUGUCAGAACUUAGUAUGCACGGUAUCGCAUUUGCUCAACAAUCUAUUGGCUUGAGAGAAUACAUAGAUACUUUUGAUGGCUAUCAAUUUAAUUACCCUCAGAACUGGAUUCAAGUUCGAGGUGCUGGGGCAGAUAUAUUCUUCAGAGAUCCUUAUGUUCUUGAUGAAAAUCUUUCUGUGGAGUUGUCCUCUCCCUCAUCCUCAAAGUACAAGACUAUUGAAGACUUGGGUCCACCAGAAGAAGCAGGAAAGAAGGUGCUUAAGCAGUAUCUGACAGAGUUUAUGUCUACAAGACUUGGUGUCAGGCGUGAAUCAAACAUUCUUUCCACAUCUUCAAGAGUUGCUGAUGAUGGGAGAACUUAUUAUCAAGUUGAGGUAAACAUAAAAUCAUAUGCCAACAACAAUGAGCUAGCUGUGAUGCCACAAGACCGAGUAGCUCGACUGGAAUGGGAUAGGCGGUAUCUUUCUGUACUCGGAGUUGAAAACAAUCAGUUAUAUGAGUUGAGACUGCAAACGCCAGAAAAUGUAUUUUUAGAAGAGGAAAAUGAUCUUCGCCGGGUUAUGGAUUCCUUUAGAGUGAACAAGGUGGCUGCUUGAUACCAUGAGGCUUACCAAGAUGUUUAAUACAAGGAUCUUAUUCUAUUUUACCUUUUUAUUUUCCCCCUCA